UUGGUUGGUCGUUAUUUUGAAAUCCACCAGCUACUUUUUCAUAUUCUUGUAUUUAAUCAGAGAAUGAGCGAUAACGAUGACAUUGAAGUCGACAGUGAUGAAGAGUCAUCAAGAUUUCACCCAGUGGCAGACAAACGGGCACACCACAAUGCGCUGGAGCGUAAACGUAGGGACCACAUUAAAGACAGUUUCCACAGUUUACGAGAUUCUGUACCUUCACUACAGGGAGAAAAGGCAUCCCGAGCUCAGAUUCUAGACAAAGCCACAGAGUACAUUCAGUACAUGCGGCGGAAAAACCACACGCACCAACAGGACAUUGACGACCUGAAGAAACAAAACGCACUGCUUGAACAGCAGGUCCGUGCACUGGAGAAGGCCAAAGGGUCCGCUCAGCUCCAGGCCAGCUACUCUUCCUCAGACAGCAGUUUGUAUACCAACCCCAAGGGCAGCGCCGUGUCGGCCUUCGACGGCGGCUCCGACUCCAGCUCCGAAUCCGAGCGAGAGGAAACGCCGGACAGAAAGAAGCGGCGCGUGGAACCCAGCUAAACCGGACUCCCCUCUCCGGGCCCUCUCGGACCCACGGGAGCUUUACCAGGGACUUUCCUGCCCUCCUCACCUUCAUCUUCACCUUCGUCUCCCUCCGUCGCCCUCC